AUGCAGGGUAAUCUAAUAUUUUUGCAAUUGAUGGGUGUUAUUAUUGCUGGUAUUGCCUGUAAUUAGUAUCAUUGUUUAGUUUGGGAUAUUUAAGGUAGAAUUUUUUCUUGGGGUAAUGGAUUAAAUGGAUAAUUAGGACAUCCAAUAGAUAAUGGAUAUAGUUUUAAUAAAAUAGAAUAUAUUCCCAAAUAAAUUGCCUUUUUAAAGGAUAAAAAAAUAAUACAGGCUAGUUGUGGAAUAUAUUAUUCUACUGCAAUAACAAAUGAAGGAUUACUUUAUGGAUGGGGAAAAGGAGUAUAUUGUAAAGAAGUUGAUAAUUCGAAACCAAUUUCUUUAAUGGAUUGUUUAAUGUGGAACUACACAUAAUGCAGCUAUUGA